AUGGAGUACCUGCGAUCAUGGUCAAAUGCCUUAUCAAAGGGCUCCGGGCCACUUCCUAACUACUCUAUCGGAGAGGAGGUCGAAUAUGACCAGGGGAGAAGUAUCUGGAAACUGUUUGAAGGAAAGAGCCGACAUGACUCUACACCUGUGAGUGUCUUUGUUUUUGAUCAGACCCGUGCCUCCCGUGAUCAAAUUUGUAUGGCCCAAAAUGCAGUCAAGAAGUUGAGGACACUUCGGUACCCAUAUAUUUUAAAGUUUAUCGAGACAGUCGAGUACCAUGGAUCUUUAUACCUAGUGGUGGACCAUGUGAUACCACUAAGUGAAGCAUUGGCGACAUGGAAGCAGAAACGAAAUACAUAUAUUUCGGCCUGGAUUGCAUGGGGUAUCAGUCACAUUGCGAAUGCUAUUGCUUUUCUUCAUGAACAAACACAGUGUGUUCACGGGAACGUGCACCCUGGCAGUAUUUUCCUCUCUCUCUCAGGCGAAUGGUUGUUGGGUGGUAUGGAUUUGCUCAGCAACCCGAAGGAAAACGAUGCAUUGGUGAGCCGACUGGGUAGCACGCUUCCGACUUCAAGCACCUAUGCUCCGACUGAGCUAUUGUCGUCAGGCUGGAGUGCUAUGUCCAGCCUUCCUAUUUCAUCGACGGAUAGCUACAGCUUCGCUCUGGUCACCAUUGAAUGCUUCAAUGGAUCUAUCCCUAGGAGUAUGGAGCACUUUGCAGCGGGAAAAAUCCCGCCCUCCCUUUACGUUCUUCUGAAAAAGUUAACUCAACCCAAGCCAGAUAUGCGAAUGACUAUGGCUGAAUUCGUGCAAGCCAGUCUGCAUCCCAAGGGAUUCCUGGCAUCCAAUGUCUUUGUCGAAGCAAGUAUGUUGCUGGACAGCUUUCGCGUCUCCUCAGAGGAAGACAAAGCGGGUAUUCUCGCUCGUCUCCUUGAGAUUCAAGACCAAUUAGCCCCAUGUUUUUCGGAGUACAAAGUGCUGCCCGCUCUCAUUGAAACAUUUAGGUACAAGCCUACAUCACAACCUGCAGAGCUCGUGCUCUCAGGCAAAGUGAUCUUACCCGCUAUGCUACGCAUUGGAAACAAUAUGGAUACAGUGGCAUGGAACAAUGUGCUGUGUGAGGCCGUUGUGGGGGCCUUUGGAUCCAAUGACCGUGGGAUCUGUAUGGAAUUGCUAACCAAUGCCAGCUUGUAUGAGAAACACCUGGACUCUAAACUGAUAUCUUCGCAGAUGUGGCCACUAGUUGUCAAGUCAAUGCAUACAGCCUAUGAUCCUCAGCGUGCAGCUGCAUUGAAUUGUACAGUGCUGCUGCUAAACAAACUGAAUGAUCGGAUUUUGAACAACGACUUACUGCGUGAGCUGGCCAAGCUUCAAAAGGAUGUCCAGCCUGCAUUAAGGUUGCAGACCAUCCAACUUCUCUCUCAGCUCACACCUUACCUCCGAGAUGCUACCAAGGCUGACAUGCUUAUCCCAGCGUUUGGGUUCAGUCUACGUGACAACUUUGAUCAGACAAGACUAGCUGGUCUGUCUGCCUUCUUUAAGAAUGCUGAGAGUUUUGAUGCCCAGACAUCGGCCAAGAAGGUGUUGCCAUCAAUUUCGCCUUGUCUUGUGGACGAGAAUGCAGAUGUUCGAGCCAAGGCUUCAGAGACUUUGCAUAUGUACUUGGACAAGAUUGCCACGUAUACGGCUGGCUUGGAUUCCGUAUCCAAUGAGAUUCCCGACAUCGAACAGGAGCGUGAUACCGAUCUUUCGAUCCAAGCGCCUGUGCCAAAGCCCGCAAGCAAAUCCGGUCUGUCUGCCUUCUUAACAGCUACGGCGGGCAGUGCCGCUUCAGCCCUCAGUGACUGGGCUAUGGCUCAGAUCGAAGAUGACGAGCUAGCGGAGCGAGUAGAUCAGGGCAUACAAUCAGAGCCCCGCCCACAUCCAGAACACCCCGAUACCCCGUUGAUGUCGCCAUCGCCGGCUGUCCCAAUGCAUGGAAAUCGGUCUGCGAUGACACUUGGCUCGAAGGAAUCUACCGAUCAACCGAGUCACCUAUUCACGCGACAACAAGAAGUCGUCAAGCAAAAAAUUGUCCCCAAACUUCACACAACUAAACCCCUGCCCCUCUCGAAGCCACAGCAACCCAAACCUGUGCAAACACAACCGAUACCAAAACAAUCGCCAGCACCCGCGUCGAACACUUCAACACCAACUGUGAAUAACAAGCCCCUUGUAGCCACUGCAACCAUGCCUGCACCGGCAGUACCAGCCAAGGCACCAACUACGUCGGAUACAUCGACUCUAUCGAAGGAAGAAAAGAUGGCUCAGCUACAGAAACUUCGUGAGGAAAGGAAAGCGCGAAUUGCACAAAUGAAAAAUGCCAAGUCGUGA